AUGUUUAACUUCUUCUUUCAACGGAAACCCACUCCGGCUAGAAACGUUGUUGCGGUUGAUCCUUUUGGUGGAGCGCUUUCGCUCAUAAUUUCUUUCCUUGAUCAAAAAACCUUUCUAUCUUUUGCUGGCGUUUGUAGUUACAUCCGUGAUUUCAUACAAUCAACAGAGGUAACUAAAGCAUUUGAUUCUAACCUUAAGAAUACAGAUACAGAUUGCUUGGCGAUGAGACAACUCAAUUUUAAAAAAGUUUCCUUCCACAAACUGUUCACCGAAUUGUCCUUCACAAAAGUAUCUGUUUCCAAAAAUCAAAUGGCGAUCCUUUUAGCAUCCAACAAAGUUGAUACGCUAGUGUUUAAACAUUCCCAAUUAACAUUCUCUGAUAUCACAUCCACAAUUUCCAAUCUUGUUUUUGAAAGUGUUUCAAUUAAUGCCAUUACUAUUAACAAAAUAGGAAAUGUGUUCAACAACAUUAAGCAUUUGUCUUUUAAGCAUGUCGGUUUUAAUUGGAAGUUGAUGGAAUCAUUUUUAAAGUUGAAGUUUAAAUGUUUAGAAAGUUUAUAUUUCAGAGACGAUCAAUUGGAUACUGAUUGUGCCAAUAUUUUUUUAAUGAGUAGUAAUUUUAAAACUCUAAAAUCUAUAUCAUUUAAGCAUUGCUCAAUACAACACAUAUCCAAAAUAGAUAGAAACAACUUUCCACAUUUAGAAAAGUUUAGCUUUACGACCGUUUUUAUAGAUGAUGCUAUUAUUAUAAACAUUUUAGAAAGUCAGCUUGAUCUUAAAGAGCUCUAUGUAAACGCCCACAUAACACUAUCAGAAAAAAUAGCCUUAUCUUUAUUGAAAAAUCCUAAAUUAAGUAUUGUUAAAUUGCAUUCAUAUGCUCGUAGUGGUGCUACACGGAUAAGUGAUGAUGUAUUUCUUUUGUUGAUGAGUGGGCUAAAAUAUUUAACUGAAAUUUCCUUACAAAUACCAUCUCGCUUGAUGCCUAUUUUAACUGCAAAUACCAAUGUACGACUGAUUAGAAUUAAUAUGGUAGACAUAGAAAAGGAUCCGUCUCUGAUUCAGUCGCCAUUACUCAAUUUUAGAUUUCAGUCAAUGCUUCAAGUAUUAGAUUUAUCCCACUGUGUAUUACGAGAUUUAGAUUGUGCUGCCAUCAGUUCCUCUAAUAUCAAGGAACUAAGCAUCAUUUGUUGCAGUUUUGUUGACAAUGGAUAUUCCAGCUUAGCGCAUAUGACCCAACUGAAAACCUUUGUUCUUUGUUACCCUAGACUCUUAGGAUCCGCUUUCGAUACUUUUUUCUGCGGGUCAUUAAUUUCACUGGAAAAUUUUGAAUUUUCUCCAAGUUCUAGAGAAACUAAUUCGACCGAGGAUUGUAUUAACAUACCAAAAUUGACAUUUUUUAAAUCCAGUCGUCCCACUCGUUUUGAUAUUGAGAAAAUUUUACGGAAUUCCAGAAUAGUUACUUUGGAUCUUUCUGAAUGGGGAGGCACUCUAAGUCGUUAUGUUGAUUUCGAAUUCAUACAUCAUCUACUAACAACCAACAAGCAUUCCAUUUCUCAACUAAUAUUACCUUCAAAGACCAAAGAAAAGAAAGACAAAUAUUUAACUCAAUCAUUGAAAUUACAAAAACAGUUCAAUAUUCAAGUUUCAUUUAAGUAA